UGCCCUUGGAGAAGGAGAAACGAUUUAAAAAAAAUUAAAGAAGUAUUGCCCGCUUCCGUAGGGUACUCACAGUUCAAAAAUUUCGCAGCCUUGCCAGUCCAGAUUCUUUCCUUCGCUAUCUCUUUCGUUAUCUCAAUGCCCUUCACGAUUUUAUCUUCUUCCUUUUUUAGCUUUUGUUGCAGCAUUUUGCUGCGAAGUGGGUGGUGUCAUGAAGUCUGGACAAACAUUUCUCUUUAUUCUUCAGUUCUUUCGGUCCUUACCGUUGCUCUGAAAAUUCCAGUGCAGAAGACACAUUUGAAGUUGAUAAAAUUACGAACAAGAAGCAAGAUAUGGGGCGUGGAUCCGAGAAUUUCCUCGCAGUGGUUACUAAAGGCUUCGAUGCUCUUUCUGGGCCUGCAGUUGCUCUUGUUUACCCUAUGUAUGCUUCAAUCAGGGCUAUAGAGAGUAGGUCUUUUGCUGAUGGUGAAAAAUGGCUUAGAUACUGGGUUCUCUAUUCUUUGAUCACCCUCUUUAAUCUCACUCUUGGCAGAGUCCUAGAAGUGUUGCCCUUUUGGUCUUAUGCCAAGCUGAUUGCUGUAUGCUGGUUGGUCCUACCAUGCUUCAACGGGGCACCAUAUGUCUAUGAGCACUUCAUUAGACCUUUCUACUGGAAUGCACAAACUGCUACAAUCUGGCAUUUCCCAAUGAACAGGGGUCUCUUUCACAAGCAAGAUGACUUAAUGACUGCUGCUGAGAAAUAUAUGAAAAUGCAUGGGACAGAAGCAUUUGAAAGGCUUAUAAAGAAUGCUGAAAUGGCAAGAGCAAUGAGGAGGGAGAACAUGCAAUAUGAUGAGCAUUAUAGAUAAUGAGCCAGAAUUCUAUGCAUAGUUGAGACUCGGGUGCAGUUGCUGCAAAAAUGGGAAGUAAAGGACUUGUUUGGUAUUAUUGUUGGUGAUGCGGUUUGCAAUUGCUGUUAUGAAUCCAUUUACGAGUGUUAUGGUUCGAGGUUGUCAUUAAAAAAAAAAAAAAAAGCUGUAAUUUGAGAUUUUGACAACAUUUGUGAGCAUGCAUUUUGGGGUUUAAAUUUGGUUUUAUAUAGAUUUACAUAAAAUAUAAUGCAAGAAAGUGUAUCAAGUUUCUUUUCUA